UCUGACGCCAGUCUCUUCAUGCUGUGUUUCCAAGAUGGCAGCGCCCAAACAGUAUGGAUUAAUCUUGUCACAGAAAAAGCAGAAACCAAAUCUGAGUGUCAAACCAUCUAUCUUUGAUGAAGAUAGCGAUGAUGAGACGAAACAUCGAGGGCCUCUUAGGGGUCCAGCCGAGACCAAUCUCAAUCGAUUGAAGAAGGAGACAAAGCUACAAAUGCAAAAGGCUAUUGAACAGGAUCCUAAUGUAUAUGAGUAUGACACCGUCUAUGAUUCGAUCGAAGAGAAGAAGAAGGAAAUGGAGGCAAAGUUGACUCAGAAAGAUCGCAAGCCUAAGUACAUCGAAAAGUUGUUAAAAGCUGCCGAGUUGAGAAAAAAAGAGCAAGAAAGGAGAAAAGAGGUACAAAUUCAGAUGGAGCGGGAGGCUGAAGGGAAUGAGUUUGCAGAUAAAGAUGCAUUUGUAACAUCCGCAUACAAGAAGAAACUGUUGGAGAGACAAGAGGAAGAGGAAAGAGAGAAACGCAUGGCUGAACUCGAAGCUCUGCAAGAUGUUACAAAGCAGAAGGACUUGAGUGGGUUCUAUAGACAUCUGCUUAAGCAGCAAGUGGGAGAGGAGAAGAUGCCAGAUGCUGCAUUGAAGUCAGCAGCUAUAUCAAGCAGUAUACAACAAUCAGAAAGCCAACCGUCUGGGGACAGCAGUCCGCCAAAGCUCGAGCCGUUGGACCCAUCCACGGCUGCUGCGAAGCACACGACACAGGCGAAAGCCACUUCUGAGGAACGCCAGCUGCCAGUCAAGAUCGAAGAGUCGCAGAUUGAAGGCGAUCGGGUCACCACGAGGCAGGCGGAACAAUCGAACAAUGCGCUGCAACCGGCGAUGAAGGCGGAGACGUUUGAGGAAGAUGCAGACACGGAUAUCGACGACGAUUCGUCGAGCAGUGAGCCAGCGCAGCCGCCACCAGCCAGCAACGAUACGGCAGCAGACAACGCUCGGUCAGUGCCUGCGAGGAACGACGAGGAAGAGAAUGAAGCCACACUAGCAGAGACGUUGCAGGAGAAGACUUCUACUGACAGCGUCGCUCAGCAAGAUACGGUCGCGAGCGGAAGCAGGGAUGGGGAGUCUGAGCGAGACAGAGAUAGGGCCAGUAGCAAAGGUGAAGAGCGCAACCAAACCAAAGAUAAAGACAGUAGCAGACAUAGAAACAGAGGUAACAGAGGGCGUGACAGGAGCAGGGAUAGAGAGCGAACGAGGAGCAGGGAUAGAGGGCGUGACAGGAGCCGGGAUAGAGAGAGAACGAGGAGCAGGGAUAGAGAGCGAAGGAGGAGCAGAGAUAGAGGGCGUGACAGGAGCAGAGAUAGAGGGCGUGACAGGAGCAGGGAUAGAGGGCGUGACAGAAGCAUGGAUAGAGGGCGUGACAGGAGCAGGGAUAGAGACAGUGGGAGAUAUAGAGAAAGAGAUAGAGGGCGUAGGAGUAGAGAUAAAGACAGCAGUAGAUAUAGAGACCGAGAUCGAGACAGUGGCAGACAUAGGGACAGGCAUAGUAACAGAACCAGAGACAGAGAAGAGGACAGGUACAGAGACGGGCGUAGAGCUCGCAGCCAAGAUAGAUCUAGUGAUAGAGAAAAUGACAGAGAUCGUAGAGACAAAAGUAGGGAUUCGGACCGAGAUUCUGAACGAAAACAGCACAGAGAACGACAGAGCGAAGGAGAACCUCCUCAGCAUGGCUCGGCAACAGCUCAUAAAACUGCCGAGUCUAGCCAAGGCAUCGCCAAUGUAAGCUUGGACAAAGACGAGGUGUCACCAGACAAAGAUAAAGCGAUACCACGCGAAGAUGAUGUGAUGCAGGGCAAGGAGGCGACAGCAGUCAGCGAUACCGAAUCGGCAGGAGACAGAGAGAAGCCGAGGCAAGACAAAGCUGCAUCUGCAAAGCUAGAUCAAGAAGAGCGGCCACAGGGCGUGCAAGAAGAGGAGAUAGUUGGUCCAGCUAGGCCACCUAUUCUUGCCAGCGCUUCUUCUAGUGAACCGGAAGAGGAAGACCUCACUACUGAGACACCAGCACCAGUGAAGCCCGACCCAAUGGCAAAGUUUGCGAAACGUAACAGGGAAGAUGCGGUGGCCUCCGCCAGGGAGCGUUACUUGGCGAGAAAACGGGCGAGAGCAAAUGACAAUACGCGAGUGACCGAGCCUGCGGAAUAGCACGGAUCGCGGGUGCGCCACCUAGUGGUGAAUGUGACAAAUAAUUCCCAUUGUGACGUCAUAGGAAGACGUGAUAGGUAGUGAGGCACUCUAAUUUUGUAUGCCACAGAGCACAGACUGAUUCACAAUGUAAUGUAAAGGACAACUUGUUGCAUAUCACUUGCACGGUUUGGUAUAUAUAUAGGACGUAUAUGUACAGUAUUUGUGAUCUGUCAUCUUGUAUUAUUGCUGCUUAUCAGUGUAGCUCAUGCAUUUCGUAAGAAAUACAUUCAUUGAGGUAAGUUUCAGAAUUUUAAAUAAAUUGGUAAGUCACAUUGGUAGUAUAACACACUACAAUCUGUUAUUUGUAAUGUGGACGUGAUAGCGACAGUGGGUUUGAAAAGAAAACAUUAAUUUAGGUAAUUGUAUGGGGGAAUUUUUAUGGUAAUUUGAAUUUGGCAAUUUGUGUAUAUUGUGAAAUCGUGUGAAUAGAAUUCUAAUUAGCUAAACA